GGCUUCAACUACGUUUCAGAGCAUCACCACUCACGGCGCAUAUAGCUUCUCACUCUCCACGGUCGCACUUUGCCUCUCCAAUGGCUCCUCCGAGAAUUCUACUAUGCGGAGACGUUUUAGGCCGUCUCAAUCAGCUCUUCAAGCGAGUCAACUCGGUGAACAAAUCAGCGGGUCCCUUCGAUGCUCUUUUUUGCGUGGGACAGUUCUUCCCCGACGAACCAGAUCGGCUCGAUGAAUUGAUGAGCUACGUUGAAGGCCGGUCCCAAAUUCCUCUUCCAACUUACUUCAUCGGCGAUUACGGAGUUGGCGCGCCCAAGGUUUUGUCAGCUGUAUCGAGGAACUCAGCUAAUCAAGGUUUCAAAAUGGACGGUUUCAAGGUUUGCGACAAUUUGUAUUGGUUGAGAGGCGGCGGGAAGUUCACUCUCCAUGGUUUGUCUGUGGCUUCCUUAUCUGGUAGGCAGUCGUCUAAUGGCCAACAGUUUGGAACAUAUAGUCAAGAUGACAUUGACACACUGCGAGCAUUCGCCGAGGAACCUGGAAUAGUUGAUUUCUUUCUAAGUAAUGAAUGGCCAAGUGGAGUCACAAAUAGAGCUACUGCAUCAGAUAUUCCAGCAGGAAUCUCUGAUUCUUCUGGCAGUGACUCUACUGUCGCCCAAUUAGUCACGGAGAUCAAACCACGCUAUCACAUUGCAGGUACUAAGGGUGUAUUUUAUGCUCGUGAACCUUAUUCUAACGUUGAUGCUGCACAUGUAACUCGGUUCUUAGGUCUUGCUUCUGUUGGGAAUAAAGAGAAAAUGAAAUUUCUUCAUGCACUUUCUCCAACUCCAUCGUCAGUCAUGUCAGCUGCUGAGAUCAGUGCAAAUCCACCAAAUACUACCUUAUCACCUUAUACAGUAGUUGACCAAGUAGAUCAUCCUAAAGAAGCCACAAAGAGAGCUAGUGAUAAUGAACUUGAUUCACAAUACUGGAGAUACGAUGUGUCCAACAAACGACAAAAGCGUGGGAGUGGCGAUGCUAAUAAGUUUGUUUUAAAUUAUAUUUCUGGAACUUGUCCAAGGGGAGAACAGUGCAACUUUCCACAUGAUGUUGAUGCAAGGGAACAAUUUUUGAGAGGCGUUUGUCUUGAUUUUAUUAUCAAAGGAAAGUGUGAAAAAGGUCCUGAUUGCAAUUUUAAGCACAGUUUACAGGAUGAUGGUGAGAGUUAUUCUCGUAAGAAACCUGUAUCUAGCAUUAGUAACGCUAACAGAUCAAAAGAGUGCUGGUUUUGUUUAUCAAGCCCGAAUGUCGAGUCACAUCUGGUAACAAGUAUAGGAGAGAAUUUCUACUGUGCACUGGCGAAAGGCCCACUUGUCCCAGAUCAUGUUCUGAUAAUUCCAGUUGAGCAUUUGCCAAAUACAUUUCUUACCAGAGAUAGUGAAAUUGAACUCGGCAAACUCCAGAACAGUCUGAGGAUGUAUUAUAAAAACCAGGGAAAAGAAGCAGUGUUCUUUGAGUGGAUAUCCAAACGUGGCACCCAUGCCAACCUUCAGGCUGUUCCUGUUCCAUCAUCCAAAGCAGCUGUUCUUAAAGACAUUUUUACGUUGGCAGCUGAAAAAUUGGGUUUUGAUUUUGUUAGCAAAAAAUUCAACAAUAAUUCUGAGUGCAGAAAAUGGUUGAGGACACAAUUUGAGAAGAAUGUUAGCUGCUUCUAUGUAGAGCUCCCCGACGGUUCAAUCCUAUUACAUUUGGUUGAAGAAAAUGAGAAGUUUCCUGCCCAAUUUGGACGUGAGGUUGUGGCUGGCCUAUUGAACAUGGCUGAUAGGGCUGAUUGGAGGAAUUGUACCAUCAGCAAAGAAGAGGAGACCAAGCUGACAGAAAAUUUCAAAAAACGGUUUCAGGUAUUUGAUCCGAACCAAUGAAAUUUCAAAAAGAUAAGUCGAACCCGUGCGGAAUCUCCGGCUAUGCUCAUGUGUAGGACUGUAAACUGCGGAGGCUCCUCCCCAGGUUUUCUUUUAGUUUGAUGCGAUGUCCUUAAUUCAGUGUUUAGAAACUUGAUCCCGUUAUCUAUGGAAGAACUGCCUUUCUAAUUGCCUCA